CGUCGCCGCACACGCAGCGAAUUUACUGCGCGCUCCGCCGACGAAAAAGAAAGCUGAAAAAUAAAUCAAACAAAGUGAUUUUUUCCCACGACGCGCGUUUUCCUCGAGUGUUUUUUUUGGCAAUUCGCUGAUUUGACUUUUUUGGAUUUUCCCCCCAAACCGUCCACAACACACUGAGCUUUUCCGAGUCCCGAGAGUUCCGAGGCGUUCUUGCGUUUCUGGCCACCGAUGCAAAUCAAUUACGCCAGAUUUGCAGUGCAAAACAAUGGCGUUAUUUGUGCAACAACAACAACAAUUACUAACACAAAGGCAGCAACAACAGCAACAGCGACAGCAACAACAAGAGCGAAGAAAAACAACAACAACAAAGGCAAAGGAGCAGACAGCGCAGGACAUUCAGUUAGUUCCACAAAAGGAGCCGCCGCAACGAGUUGUGCAAAGUUGUGUAUACAACUAAAAAAUUUAAACAAAAACAAAAACUAAAAAAUAAACGUGUAUCUAAAUAAAAAUAGAUAAACAGCUAAACUCGAAACGAAAUAUAUGAAUGAAAAAUUCAGUUGCGCCUGCGCAGAAAAAGAAAGUUUGAGAUAUACACAUAUACCCCCGAACUCCCAUAUUUUGUGGCUUUUUUGUUCGAGUGCAUUUCGAGAGUGUGAAAAAUUUAAAAGUUUAAAAAUUUAAAAUUUAAAUUUAAAAUCCUAAAAAAAUUGAAAUUACAAAAUGGAGCAAAUAACGAACUACUUCGAACACAUGGAUUACGUGUCCUUCGUGGUGGUGGCACUGCCGUGCGUCGUAAUCGCCGCCUACGGAUUCCUGCAGGUGGCCAGUGGCCUGGCCAAGUGCAAAAAUGAUAAAAUGCAACGUUGCAACCAGAACAACAGCAACGGCAACAUUCAAACGACUAGUAACACCAACGGCAGUGGCAACCACAACAACAAGCGCUGCCCACCGAAGUACACCGGCAACAACUUAGCAGCAAAUACAAAUGGCAUGAUGGGCGGCUACCAGCAGCAGCAUCCACAAGCUGCGGCAUCAACACUGCAGCACGGCGGCAACAAGCAUGCCACUCGCAAAAGCCGCUACAAUAACAGCAACAAACAACACCAGCAACAGCAAUACGCGAAUAUUCAGAAGCGGAAUGGAAUCGCUGGGAUCAACGGAAGUGAGUCCUCAUCCUCGCCCUCGACAGCCACUUCCGGUUCCUGGCUGGAUCGGGGCUACGGACAUCGUUUGGCCAAUUCUUCAUGCAUCGAAGACAAAUUCCUUGGGCAGCACAAUCCGGGCCAUCGCAAUAGCACCAGCAGCGAGGCGACCAGCGAGGACAUCGACUCCAGCAGGGAGCACCUGAACAAACCCAAGGGCAAUUCGGGCGGUGGUAACGGCGGCAACGGUUGCAACAACCAUGUUGCAGGCGGCAACAAGGGCCGCCCUAAGCGACAGCAGAAGUCCUCCGGCCAGCAUAUGCGUAAUCCUGACCAGAUGGGCCAGAAGGCCGGAGGCCCCACCUCGAUUGUGGGCCAAAAGCCCAAGCAGACAAACAAUAACAAGUGGCGCCAACAGCAGCCCAAUCACAACGGCAACAACCCACACCAGCAGCACCACCAGCAGCAGCACCACCAGCAGCAGCAGCACCACCAGCAGCAGCAGCAACAGAAGCGUGGCAGCAACAAGAAGACAGGAAAGUACAGCAACAACUUUGGACAACAUCCCGGCAGCAACAACGCCAAGCACGGCGGCAACAAUCAGCGCAAGACCUGCGACAGCAGCUCCUCCUCGGCCCUGAGUUCACCCACCAGCUCGCCCACCAGUUCGCCCCAUGCCAACGGCAACCGUAAGCGUAUUGAGCGCUCCUUAAUGCCGGGAGCCGCUCUGGAAUGGCGCCGGGAGCGCGAACGUUAUCGUCAGAAUGCCAACUUUAUGGUCCCACCACUCCGGCAGUACGAGCAAUUGGAUCUGGACGAUAAGACCCUGGUGCAGCAACUCCGGCGUCAUGUCAUCGAUCAUCAUCUGCUAAGGGUCUAUGGGUUUCCGGUGGAGUCUGUGGUCCAUGAGGGCGCCAUCGAGAUUUUCAAGUGCCUGCCGCACAUGAGCUUUGCAGCGGCCCUGGCGGAAACUGCACCGGCAGUCACCCUGAUUAACUGCCACGACGGACUGACCAACCAGGCUGCUGUGGAGGAGGAGGUGGCCACAUCGAGCGACUCCGGGAAUAGUUCUCCACGCUCUCUGGACUCCGAGUCCGGCGGUGAGUGGAGUGGCAGCGAAUGUGAGUCCUCCAAUUCAUCAUCCUCCGCCUCCUCAUCAGGCGAUGCCGAGCUGAGUCUGGAGCUAAAGUACUGCCAGUACGUCCAGGUGGAGCGCAGCCUGGCCAAGCCGUGUGCCCGCUGCAAGCGCCACUUCCUGGUGGACGAGCUGACAGGGGAGUAUUUGACGCGCGAGGAGUGCCACUACCAUUCGGGCAAGUACCAACGCUACUUCGAUGGCGUCUGCCACGGCCGCUGGACAUGCUGCAACGAGGGUGAUGAAUGCUCGCCGGGCUGCUGCCUGGGCGACCGCCAUGUGUGGACUGGUUCGGUGGUGGGCGUCAAUGGGCCCUACUAUGACUUUGUGAGGACCCAGCACAGGGAGCGGAUGACAGCAGACGACGAACCGGCCGUGUAUGCUCUGGACUGUGAGAUGAGCUAUACUGGCCGUGGCCUAGACGUGACCAAGGUCUCACUGGUUGCCCUCAAUGGGCAGCUGGUGUACGAGCACUUUGUGCGUCCCGAAUGCGACAUCAUCGACUACAAUACCCAGUAUUCGGGCAUUACGGAGAGGGAUCUACGCUUCGGCGCCAAGAGUCUGGCCGAAGUGCAGCGUGAUCUCCUCGAGCUGAUUGCGGCUGAUACCAUACUGAUUGGACACGGACUGGACAAUGAUCUGCGCGCCCUGCGCCUGGUGCACAACACCCUGAUCGACACCUCGAUUAGUUUCCCGCACUGCAGUGGGUUCCCGUACCGCCGGGCACUGCGCCACCUGACCAAGGUCCAUCUGAAGCGGGAGAUCCAGUGUGGUGACGGCACCACAGGACACAGCAGCUUCGAGGACUCAAGGGCCUGCAUGGAGCUGAUGCUGUGGCGCAUCAACCGGGAACUGGACCCCACAUGGAGCUGGGACGAUUAAGGGAGCGGGGCGGGGAAGGAUCGAGGAUCGAGAAUCGAUCGAUCGAUCGGGCGGGGGCGGGGUUUGAUCAAAAAAACAAUUGGGGCCAGCAAGUACUUUUAGUCGUUAAGCCAGUUAGGAUCGCCUAGUUUGUACUGUAAUCAAGAAAACACAACUCUAAAAUCUCAGCUGGGUCGCUCACCUGGCAAUUGGUCUCUAUAACACUGGUGUAUCCGUUGUAUCCGGGUUAUACACCCUAGUUAUAGGGCCCCAUUGCCAGGUGCCAGCCCCAGCGUAUACAUACAUAUAUCAAGUAAAUCGCAAAAUUGAAAUGACAAAAUAUGGCAAAAGCAGAGCAUGCAAAAAAAAGGAGCAUAAUCAUAUAUUUAUAUGCGAUACAUAAGGUACAUUUUGUAAGCGUAUAUUUAUAGAGAAAAAUAGAACUUUAAUCUACAUAUGUAUAUACACUAAUUGUUUUUUUUUUUUUCUUAAUUAAUUUCGAACCAUGAGAAAAUGUACUGAAGUUUUAGCUGUGAUGUUUUUUUCACUUUCUCACAUAUUUACACGACAAACGAAAAUGAAAAGUAAAAGCAAAAAAAAAAAAAAAAGAAUAGAAAAAUACAAAAAACAUAUACAUACGCGCAUACAUUAUUUUUUUAAGAAGCACAGAAGAAAGGCAAUCCAAAUACUUUUUAAUUUUGACCAAAACUUUCAACUAAAAUCACUCCAUUUAUCAUAAUUUACCAUUAGGUUUCGUUCGUUUCGUUCGUUUCGUCCGUUUUACCCCUAUCAUUUCUUUUAUUAUUUCACGAAUAUAGCAUCUCAUAUACAAAUGGAAGCGAUGAAAAAUUAAAGUUUAACUUUAACUACUUUAUACACUAUGCAUAAACGUAAGUUAGGUUAAUCCUAUGUUUUUUUCCAAAACUCUUUGAUUAUUUAUUUAACGAAUUCACGCGACAAGUUCAUUGAAAAUUUCUUCAAGUGUAUAAUUUUUCACAUUGAACUCCAUUUUAGGAUAAGGUUUAUUUUUUGUUUUCUCGACGAUUAACCAUUGUUAUUCCUUGAUUCUAAAUGUCUAAAUCAAGAGGGGGAAUACUUUAUGCGAAAAUCGAUGUUCCUAGCGGCAUACGUUUUAUAUUGAACGCAAAAAACAAGAAGAAUAAUGCAAAUGCACAACGACAAAAUUUGAAGAGAAUAAAAGAAACAACGAUUUGUUUAAAACUAAAUAUCACCUCAAA